UUUUAUUUCAAUAAAUAUUUCAGGAAUUAUUUUCAAUCAUACUUUGCUAUGGCACACACUAUGCCAGUUUCAAUAACGUAUCACAAGCCGGAAUUAGUAGCCCCAUCAAUGGUAACACCUUAUGAGACAAAACAUCUUUCUGACAUAGAUGAUCAAGGGAGUCUUCGUUUUCAAAUUCCCACAUUAACGUUUUACAAAUACAAUUCUUCAAUGGAAGGAAAAGAUCCUGCAAAAUUUAUUAAACGUGGAUUGUCUAAAACACUUGUAUUUUACUAUCCAUUAGCUGGUAGGCUCAUUGAAGGACCUAAUAAGAAGCUUAUGGUGAAUUGCAAUGGUGAAGGAGUCUUGUUUGUUGAAGCUGAUGCUAAUGUGGAGCUUGAGAAGUUAGGAGAGUCAAUUAAACCGCCAUGUCCAUACCUGGAUUUACUACUUCACCAUGUUCCUGGUUCUGAUGGGAUCAUUGGUUGUCCACUAGUGUUAGUUCAGGUGACUCGUUUUAACUGUGGUGGAUUCGUUGUUGGAUUCAGAGUUAACCACACUAUGAUGGAUGCCUAUGGCUUUAAAAUAUUUCUAAGUGCAUUAAGUGAAUUAAUUCAAGGAGCUUCUGCACCUUCUAUAUUACCUGUAUGGCAAAGGCAUCUCCUAAGUGCUAGAUCAUCACCAUGUAUUACAUGUACUCACCAUGAGUUUGAUGAGGAAAUUGAAUCAAAAAUUGCAUGGGAAUCUAUGGAAGACCAGUUGAUACAACAAUCAUUUUUCUUUGGAAAUAAGGAGAUGGAAGCGAUGAGAACACAAGUUUCUCCAAAUUGUGAAAGUACAAAAUUUGAGCUAUUGAUGGCGUUUUUAUGGAAAUGUCGUACUAUUGCACUUAAUUUGCACUCAGAACAAAUUGUUCGUUUGACAUACCUUAUUAACAUACGUGGAAAGUCACAAAAAUUUAAAUUGCCGCAUGGAUAUUAUGGAAAUGCGUUCAUAUCUCCGGCCACAGUAUCAAAAGCAGGAUUGUUAUGUUCAAAUCCACUAUCAUAUGCAGUUGAACUAGUCAAGAAACUUAAAGAUCAUUUGACUGAAGAAUACAUUAAAUCAGUAUCUGAUUUAAUUCUGAUUAAAGGAAGACCAGAAUUGUCAAAAUCUUGGAAUUUUAUUAUCUCAGAUAAUAGAUCUAGUGGAUUAGAUGAUUUUGAUUUUGGAUGGGGAAACCCCAUUUUAGGAGGAACUGCACAAGCUAUAUCCUUCAUUAGUUUUGGAGUGCCCGUUAAAAAUGACAAAGAAGAAAAAGGUAUUUUAAUAGCUAUAAGCUUGCCUCCUCUAGCCAUGGAGAAAUUUCAAGAAGUUGUCUACAAGAUGACUUUAAGAAAUGUGGAAGGAGUCAACAAAAUUUCAAAGAUGUAAAUGUCUUUUAUGUCUUUGUACCUCAAAAGUGCACGUUUUAGGUUUUUAUUAAAUAAGAAUUAUGAAGCUUGUAAUAUUCCAUCUUUUCCAUCUGAGAAAGUAAUUAUCCAUCGUGUAUGUUAUUUAUAAACUUUAUAUAUGUUUUAUGUUUGACUGAGUGCUACGUUAGAAAAAUGGGAGAGUUUUUUAAAAAUAAAUAGUGUUAUUUAUUUUUGA